AUUGUUAAUUUUAUGUUAUUUACAUUUUUUAAAUUAUCUCAGCUGUUUACAAAAUUUUGUGUCCACUAUUUGCAAAUUCUCGGUACUAAAGCUUAGCAUCCUCUUUGGUCAUUUUCAGUUUAGAAAAUAUAACGAAAUAAACAUGUAUUUGUUCUUAAUUAUGAAUUUAUUUAUACUGCUUGCCAACAUUUAUAUUUAUUUCGGGAACAAAUGACAGAAGUAAUUGAACAAAAGACAUGUAGUGACAACAGUUUUCUCCAUGACACAAGAUGAAUUAAGGCAUCACCUACAACAAAAAUGAAAAAAACUAGUCUCGAUCAGACUACAAGGUCAUCUCAACUAAGUGGUAUAAGGAAGAAUACCACUUUUGAUGAAAAAAUCGGUAAAAAAUCUGAUGACAGUAAGCAAGAAUCUGUUCAUAUUAAAACUGAACUGGCCUCGAAGUCUUCAAACACUACCACUGUAGACAAACAGAUACAGACAGUCUCGCCGUCGUUCACAAAACAAAAUAGGUUAAUCCCAAAAGUUACCGACAUUGAGAAAUUAAUUCCGUUAAUAGUAAAUACUUGUAAAAAUUGUGGUUACAAGAACGAUAAAAGUGAAACGAAACUUCAAGGUGAGACCCUUGGGGCUAUAUUUGCAAAGUGUAGGGAGGAAUUACUUGGACAAAACCCUGCUUUAGAUAGUGUGGACUUCUGCCCAGACAUCCCGAAAAAUUCAACAAAACCAAUAUCUAUUGUACAAUAUGACAAUACCGAUAGCUCAAAACCUCUCACAUUUCCAACUGCAACUGCUGCUUCAGUUCUGUAUGAGGACGAAGGUGAAAAAAAAGCUGUGACACAAGAGUCCGAACACUCAAACAAUGCUGCAUCAAGUGAAAAUGAUACUACAUCAGAAACGUUAUCCACAGAAAAGAAAAAACAAAGUGACCCUGAUACACAAAAAUCAGAGUCUCAAGUUACAUCUCCACUGGUCAAAACUGAUGAAACACCCAAAUCACCUUCUAAAUCCACUAUCAGUUCUACUAAGUCGAAGAAAAGCAUUUUUAAUCGAAAAACGUCAAUAACCACUAAAAAUAAAAAGGUGUAUAAAUCUUAUGGCAAAUACAUUGCUGAAGAGUUAAGGUCCAUGCCACCAGAAAAAGCUGUAGUUUGUCAACGUCUAAUUAACGAAACUUUAACACAUGGAUUAAUGGGGCAGUUAAAUAAUACAUCAAGAGUCACUUCAAAAAAAUAAAAAUUACAUGUCACCAACCCA